AUGAGCGCCACCCAACCCGGAAGGCGUAUAGUCAUGCCUGUGGAUAGCAGUUCCAACUGUCACCGGGCAUUCAAUUGGUUCCUCAAAUAUUGUUACCGCGAGAAUGACUUCAUCAUCUUCAUUCACGUUCUACAACCCAAAUACACUCACGGUAAUGCCGUUAUCGCUCUGGACAACCUGAUUAACAUACCAGUGCAGGACGGCUCAGUGAGUGUCGAUGAUGGCCAAAGAGUGGAGGCGAAGUUCCGAAAACUGGCGGAGCAGGCGGGGGUGAACUACACGAUCGAGAUCCUGGCUGACUCCUCGAUUGCAGAGGCUAUACUGCGCCUGGCAUCAGAGCACGGGGCCAACCUCAUUAUCGUGGGCUCACGCGGCGUCGGCGCUGUAAGACGCGCAACUCUCGGUAGCGUCUCCCACCACCUUGUCACGCACGCUUCCGUGCCUGUGCUCGUAGUGCCGCCAGCGGCCAGUAAUCGCCCUUCAACCAGCGCCUGA